CGUCCUCGCUAGGUGUAUCUCUUUGAUCCGUCAAGUUUGGUCCUCUACUGUAUUUGUAGUUGCUGGGCAUUGGUUGAAGUUCGCUGUAAUUGAUUUGAUCGCGUUGAUUAAUGUUGUUUUACUGAGAUUUUGCCCUUUUUUUUUGUUCUUGUUUUGAUUUUGUUGUUUUAUUGGAAAUGAGUGAUUGAUUAGUGAUUUUGAUGAUUUUUGUUUUGGAUUUUUAUUAGUGUUGCUCCCAUUGUGUGAUAUUGGGAUUAGUUUAGGAACUAAAGUGUGGAUUGUGGAUGGUGGUAUGGUUUUCUUUGAAGUAAAUUUGAGUUUCAGUUGGGGCAAUGGUGAACGAUAUGGGAAGUAGAAUCUGGGUUAUCAGUAGAAUAUGUUUUUGUCGGGUUUGAGUCAUCGAUCUUUGGAGGCAGAUUGCAGGGAUGCAUAUGGAUUUGCAGUGAGACCUCAGCAUGUACAAAGAUACAGAGAAUAUGCUAAUAUCUACAAGGAGGAAGAAGAGGAAAGAUCAGAUAGGUGGACGAGUUUCCUGGAGCGGCAAGUGGAGUCUGAACGAUUUUCUGCAAACGGUUCAUCUUUGGAGGAAGAUUACAAGGCAUCACAUUCUGAAAAAAUGGAGCAGGAGACCAACAAUGGUUUAGCGAAUGGUGUUGAAGGAGAUGUUUUGAGCAGUGAGAAGACUGGCUCUGAUGUUUCGCCUGAAGAUCUUACUGAAAAUGAAGAGAAACAGUUGAAUGCCAAUAAAAAAAUUCAUAGGGUCCAAAUAUGGACUGAGAUUAGACCAUCCCUUCGUGCCAUUGAAGAUAUGAUGAGUAUUCGGGUCAAAAAGAAGGGCAAUCAACCCAAAGACCGCCAAGAGACUAAAAAAGAACCUUCUAUUGAAGAUGCCAAAUCAGCAAAAGGAGUUUCCGAAGAGGACUCUGAGGAUGAGUUUUAUGAUGUGGAAAGGUCAGACCCAGUUCAAGAAGGCCCUUCUGGUGGCAGUGUUAGUGCUUCUGGCACAGGUGCUACUGCUGCUGAUGUAGCCUCUUUAGAAUCUUUGUUUCCCUGGAAAGAAGAACUGGAUGUCCUUGUUCGUGGGGGUGUUCCAAUGGCACUUAGGGGAGAGCUCUGGCAAGCAUUUGUGGGUGUGAAAACACGUCGAGUGGAGAGAUAUUACCAGGAUCUACUUGCUUCAGAAACUAUUUCAGGAAAUCAUGUCGAACAACAGUCUGACAGCGAUUCAAAGGGUGCAACUACAGAUCCUGUAUGCAUACCUGAGAAAUGGAAAGGACAGAUUGAGAAGGAUUUGCCACGGACAUUUCCAGGUCAUCCUGCUUUGGAUGAUGAUGGUAGAAAUGCUUUGAGGCGAUUGCUUACAGCAUAUGCUCGGCAUAACCCCUCUGUUGGGUACUGUCAGGCAAUGAAUUUCUUUGCUGCCUUGUUACUACUUCUGAUGCCUGAAGAAAAUGCCUUUUGGGCAUUAAUGGGCAUCAUUGAUGACUAUUUUGAUGGCUAUUACUCAGAGGAAAUGAUAGAAUCUCAGGUCGACCAACUUGUUUUUGAGGAGUUGGUGCGUGAAAGAUUUCCUAAAUUGGUAAAUCAUCUGGAUUACCUGGGAGUGCAGGUUGCGUGGGUUAGUGGACCAUGGUUCCUUUCGAUUUUCAUGAAUAUGCUUCCAUGGGAAAGUGUUCUCCGAGUUUGGGAUGUUCUUCUUUUUGAAGGAAAUCGUGUUAUGCUAUUUAGGACUGCACUUGCUUUGAUGGAGUUAUAUGGCCCUGCUUUAGUUACCACUAAGGAUGCUGGAGAUGCGGUCACUUUGCUGCAGUCACUGGCUGGUUCAACAUUUGAUAGCAGUCAACUUGUGUUGACAGGUUGCAUGGGUUAUCAAAAUGUGAACGAAAUCAGAUUACAAGAGUUGAGAAAUAAGCAUCGACACACUGUUAUAGCUGCGGUUGAGGAAAGAACAAAAGGGCUUCAAGCUUGGAGAGAUUCGCAGGGUCUGGCGUCAAAGCUCUAUAAUUUCAAGCAUGAUCCCAAGUCAAUGCUAGUGGAAACAAAUAAGCAGUCUGGUGGUGAUUUGUCUCGUUCAGGGUCUGGAUCCACCAACUCAGAUGAGGUUCUUAUAAGCUUGACAGGGGACGUAGAGAUAGACAGUGUUCCAGAUCUUCAAGAUCAGGUGGUGUGGUUGAAGGUCGAAUUGUGCAAGUUGCUGGAGGAGAAAAGAUCUGCUGUACUCAGGGCAGAAGAGUUGGAGACUGCUUUGAUGGAGAUGGUCAAGCAAGACAAUCGGCGGCAAUUGAGUGCUAGGGUUGAACAGUUAGAGCAGGAGGUUUCUGAGCUGCGGAGGGCCCUUGCUGAUAAGCAGGAACAAGAAAAUGCUAUGCUUCAGGUUUUAAUGCGGGUGGAGCAAGAGCAGAAGGUAACAGAAGAUGCUCGCAGAUUUGCCGAGCAAGAUGCAGCAGCACAGAGAUAUGCUUCUCAAGUUCUUCAGGAAAAGUAUGAAGAAGCCAUUGCAUCUUUGGCUGAAAUGGAGAAAAGAGCGGUUAUGGCAGAAUCAAUGUUGGAGGCUACGUUACAGUAUCAAUCUGGACAGCUUAAAGCCCAACCUUCACCACGAUCUUCUAAUCCAGAUUCACCACGAAUCAAUCAAGAGCCUGCACAAGACAUUCCUACAAGAAAGAUUGGUUUGCUAGCUCGACCAUUUGGACUUGGUUGGCGUGACCGAAACAAGCAAGCGAAACCCACAAAUGUUGAGGAGGCGAACAAUGGCAAAUCGUCCAAUGAGGUCACAGAGCAGAAGGAUACAAAUGGCGAUUCAGUUCAAGAGUAGAGAAUUGCAGGAUUGCCAUAAUGAUACUACACAGAUGUUAUAAUCACCAAGAAGGUGUUGGCAAGGUAGAUAUUUUUUGUUUAGCAGUGCAAUUUCAGGGAGAGCUUAGAAUAGAUUUUUUAAUUAUUUUUUUUUCUCUGUAAUUUUUGAAUCAGACGGCCAUUGUAGAGUUGUAUCCAUUUAUUGUUUGUUCAUUAACUGUAAUAAUAGUUGCAUGGGGGUGAAGAAUGUAAAACAGUCAUGAGAUCCAAAUAGUGAAAAAUUAUGUAACCUACUCCGUGAGCAUCUCUUUCAUUCCUAGUUCAUGAGGCUUCAUUA